GAGGUUCUUUUUUUAUUAGAUCAUUUCAACUAUGAAUAGCUAUUUUCUACUUGAACCAUUGACAUCUUCCCAACAAACUCAUCCGAUAUGUCUAUCGCAUAAUAAAAAUUACAUGUGUGGACAAAAUCCAUUCAAUGACGUAGUAAUACCAAACUCUAUGGUGUCUAGUAAGCAUUGUAUAUUCUUCAUAACAGAAAGCGGUGUAAAAAUUCUUGAUCUCAAGAGUAAUGGAGGAACGUAUGUCAAUGGAGAAAAAAUUCCACCAGUUACAUUCAAAAGCCUUGUUACGGAUGACAUCAUAGGAUUUGCGACUGACAAGACUAAAAAUAUUGACCCUCAAAAGUUUCUUGUAUACAGACUUUUAAAAAUGGUAUUGUCAAGGGACUCGAAAGAAAAUAAUGGAAUAAAAAAAUCAUCGAAAAGGAAGAUCGAUACCGAUACUAGUGCAGACGAAAUAUCUGAUGAUGACAAUCAUGUAUCAAACAACUCGUCGAGACGACCGUCAUCAUAUCUUAAAGAUAAUGUAGCUUUUCACAGUUCAACACCAAAGCUGGAUAACAUAAAUGAAAUGAAGAAAAAUAAAAAACGCAAAGAAGAUGAUAAUGAACUAAACAAUACGGAAAAUAAAAACAACAAUCAAAAUAAGGACUCUAAAACUAAUGCCAGGGAAAAAAAUGAUCCAUCAAGGAAUGUUAAAACUUAUGAUAAGAUUAAUAUAGAUAAAUAUGAUACAGAAAAGGCCAAUAGCGAUAGCGUCAAAAUUAAAGGUGAUAAAUAUAAAGAAGAAAUAAGUACCCAGGAAAUCCAAAACAAAAUGGACGAACGAGAAAAGAUAUUUUUCUAUGAACUUUUCAAAUAUUCUCUCGCUAAAAUGAAAGAAUCUAAUAAACAUCAUUCGAAUGAAUUCGCAACAGAAGAAAUCUCUCAACAAUAUUCCUAUGACAAUUAUGAUCAGUAUGACAGUAUAAUGACAAAGUUAAUUUUACAAAAGGCAAAGUCCGAAAUUUCAAAAAAUGUUAAUCAUGAAAAUAAAAAUGUUGAUUAUUUUGAUGUCAAUUUAAAACCAAAAUCAAAUAAAUCGUACCGUAUUAAGCCAUAUAAUGCACCAUUGACCGAAUAUGAAAUUGAAAUGUUUCUUACUGAAGAGGAAUUUGAAAAAAAGGAAUAUCCUUGCGAAUAUAGUUUCGUAAUUCUCAAACAUGCGAUGCUUCCGAAUAAUCACGACGGAAAUAAAUAUCCCGUGUAUAACACAAUUUUUGCGUACACAAAGAAGUGCUUAAAAACUUUAUUAACUCCACCACCGCAUCACAGGGAGUACUCUACAAAUACUAAUACCAAACAGCAUGCUUUGAUUACUUAUACAAUUGUUACUAAACAACCAUUCCAACCAGCUCUACAUCAAAAUGAACGACUCAACUUGCACUCAAUACUGCUGCAAAAUGUGUGUUACCUGGGUAAUUUAGUACGUAUGUUAAGAAGUAUUCAAUUUUUACAAACUAGCCCACUGAAGAAUAGUGUAAUCAAGCCAAAGUUUGAUGAUAAGGUCUUCAUUUUACCCAAAAUAUCUGAUAAGUCUCACCAAUUAAUUACUGGACUUAGAGAGAAUGAUAGCAUAAAACGAAUUAUCCUACGCAUCGCUGCUGGACUCUGUGGUUCGGAUCCGAAAAUUUUUUUCCUAAGAGUAUCUUCUCAAAUAAAAUUAAACAUUAUUGGAAAUAUCGUCACCGAGGUACUUUAUGGAACUAAUAAGAAGAAAUCUCAACGUAUACUUGUGUGUUCUCCAACGAAUAAAUUAACCGACGAAGUUACAAAUAAACUAUUAGAUUUAAAUAAGGAAUUAAAACAUAAACAUCGUAUGGAAAUAGUUAGAUUGGGAACUACGAGAGUGAACCAUUUGGAGACAGACGUUCGUUUAAAUAAACUAUUACAAAAUCAAAGUAGCUAUCAAGAUUUACUUUUUUCUGAUGCUGAAAAAGAAAAAAUAUCAAUCCUAGUUGAAAUUAAGAAAUACAACUGUAUAAAAGAACAGUUGUACUCAAAUCAACAAAUGUCUGAUGAUACUCCUCGUGGUUCUCAUUCAAAACCUAAAAAUUUAAUUUCACGCGUUUCGACUUUAGACGAAGGCACAAACAACAAUUUAUUUAACAUUAAAAAAAAGGUUUUAUGUGAAGCAAAUGUAAUCACUUCUGUUUCAUCGUCUUUUUUUAAUAAACAAAUGGAGAUGGCUUUUGGUAUUGGAAAACCUGAUAACAUCGACGUUUGUAUUAUUGAAGAAAGAUUUUAUGGUAACGGUGAGCUCGAAACUUUGCUUUCUCUUAUGCUUGGCGUCACUAAAUUUGUUAUUAUCGGAAAUUCAUACGAACCAGAUGAUUAUGUUGCCAAAGCACAAAAAAAUGGAAAUCAAACAUUAUUUUCACGUAUUAGUGGGUUAUUUGCUGGCGACAGUCCA